CAAUAGCCACAGAGAGAGAGAGAGAGAGAGAGAGAGAGAGCUAAGGGACGACCUGAGAAACACGGAGAGAGUCUGUCUGUACACAAUAAUGGUGAGUCGAGUCGUGGGUUUGGUCGGAUUCGUGCUGAUCGUCGCCGCGGCGGGCGUGAAAGCGGACACGUACUACGUCGGAGAUCAGCUGGGGUGGCGAGUCCCUCCGCUUGGCGACAUCGCCUACAAGACCUGGGCUGCCGAGAAGAGCUUCAACUUCGGCGACACUGCCGUGUUCAACUGGACGGGGACUCACACGGUCGCCGAGGUGUCGAAGACGGACUACGACAACUGCACGAGCACGAGCCCCAUCGGGACGAUCCAGACGGUGAGCCCGUUCAACGUCACCCUGAACACCAACAGCUCUCGCUACUUCAUCUGCACCAUCAGCAACCACUGCCACCUCGGCCAGAAGGUCACCCUCGGCAUUGGGUCCGCCUCAUCGCUCGCCAUCCACGGCCUGUCCUUGGCCCUCUCCGCCUUGGCUUUCGCGUUCUUGAAUCACUCUUAGAAGAGAUCGGUCUUUGCGUUAUGAUGUUGCUUUCUUACGGCGUGUUGUGAUCGUUCUUGAGGCGACUUGGAUCAAUAACAUCGACCUGCCUAGCAAGUCUUCAUAAAUUUUUCAUUA